GUUUUCCUAAACCUCCCUCCUUCUCAUCUUCUCCGAAGAGCUGUGAAUCUAAGCUCGAUCUCGAAUGCGGAAACCCUAGCUUUGAUUCUUCCUUGAGUUUGGGCAAUUUUACUAUUGGAGUAGCUUGUUCUGCUUUGAUUUGAGCGUGGCGGUGAUUUUGGAAGCUGCUUCGAGUUCUGGGAUUUUCAUGGAUUAGUGGUGAUAUUGGCUCAGAUUUAGUAGAAAUGCUACGGAUGUUGUUGUCGUUGUAUGAGUAGCGUGAGAUCCAUUGAAUGAUGGCUGAGAGCAAUGAGAAAGGGGAAUUUUUGGGUAAUAUGGUGCGGCAGAGCUCAGGUCGAGCACCAGGGCCUCUGAAAACCUCAUUUUCUGGGAGAUCUAGUGCCAAGAAUUCACCUUCUUUUCGUAGAUUGGGCUCUGGUAGAACUCCCAGGAGAGAUUCCAAGGCUGCAUUUGGGAAAUUCCAAUGGAUUCGGAACAAUAAGGUUGUGCUUUGGCUGAUGUUGAUCACUCUUUGGGCUUAUAUUGGUUUUGCUGUGCAGUCUAAGUGGGCUCAUAGUGACCAUAAUAAGGCAGAGUUCAUUGGUUAUAAGAGCAAGACUGCUAGUUCUCAGAAUGAAGAUGGUAGAGCUGCUCAAAAUUCCUUUCUGGGUAAUGCCACUGCAUCUUCCGGUGAGAAACGGGUGCUAAUGGGCAAGGAAAAAGGCCCUGAAUCAAAGAAUUUUGGUGUUCGAUUGGUGGAUAAAAGUAAUCAGGUUUCAUCGCAACAAAAUGUGACAAAAAAGAAAAAGAAAAGAACGAGAAAGACACCUGUGAAACCAAAAGUUAUAGCAGUGGAGAAUAGGACAGAUGAGGUGGAUGAAGGGUUGAUACCAAGGAGGAAUACUUCAUAUGGCCUGAUUGUCGGACCAUUUGGUAAGACAGAAGAUAGUGUUUUGGAAUGGAAUGCUGAGAAGAGGAAAGGCACUUGUAAUAGGAGAGGUGAAUUUGCACGUCUUGUGUGGUCUCGCACGUUUCUUUUGGUAUUUCAUGAGCUUUCAAUGACUGGUGCACCACUCUCUAUGAUGGAAUUGGCCACGGAAAUUUUGAGCUGUGGAGGGACUGUGUCUGUGGUGGCUCUCAGCUGGAAGGGUGGGUUAAUGACAGAACUUGAUCGGAGAGGAAUCAAAGUGCUCAAGGACAAACGGGAGCUCAGUUACAAGACAGCCAUGAAAGCUGAUCUUGUCAUUGCAGGAUCGGCUGUCUGUUCCUCCUGGAUAGAGCAAUAUCUGGUACAUUUUCCAUCUGGAUGGAAUCAACUUGUUUGGUGGAUCAUGGAAAAUCGAAGGGAGUACUUCAACCGAUCAAAGAGUAUGCUGAACAGAGUGAAGAUGCUGACCUUCUUAUCUGAUUCACAGUCUAAACAGUGGUUGGCCUGGUGUGAAGAAGACCACAUUCAGUUGAAGUCCCAACCAAUGGUUGUGCCUCUAUCUAUUAAUGAUGAGUUGGCCUUUGUGGCAGGCAUACCUAGUUCGCUUAAUACCCCUGCAACUAGUAUUGAGAAGAUGCUGGAGAAGAGGGACCUUUUAAGAAACACAGUUCGAAAGGAGAUGGGCUUGACUGAUGAUGAUAUGCUUAUGAUGACUUUAAGUAGUAUUAACCCUGGAAAAGGCCAGCGGCUGCUUUUGGAGUCAGCUCUUUUGGUUGCGGAGCACAAUGUAUCCAUGGAAGAUCUGAAAAUAAAUGUUACAAGGCUGAAUGAAUUGUCAGAAGUUGCUUCUCAAAAUAUCACUUUGCUUGGUAAUGGAUCAAAUCAAGAGACUGUGCCCUCCAAAACUGACCAAAACAAUAAACUUAGAGAAGGGUCCCAGAAAAGCAAAUCUGCAACUUCUAAGAAGAAGAAAAAACGACGGUCACGAAUUACAAGCAUCCUUUCCUUGGCCAAGCACAACAAGACUUUGGCACAAGAAGAACAGGCAGGAUUAAGGAGGCUGCUUGUAGACACUAAGGGAAGUGGACACCAAAAUCUUAAAGUUUUGAUUGGGUCUAUUGGAUCAAAGAGCAAUAAAGAGUUGUAUAUCAAAGCCAUUCUACGAUUUUUAUCUCAGCAUCCGAACUUGUCAAAGUCAGUGCUAUGGACUUCAUCAACUACACGUGUAGCCUCACUUUAUGCUGCAGCAGAUGUCUAUGUGAUAAAUGCACAGGGGCCUGGUGAAACAUUUGGGAGGGUUACCAUUGAAGCAAUGGCAUUUGGUCUGCCGGUUCUUGGAACAGAUGCUGGAGGCACCCAAGAAAUCGUCGAGCAUGGCAUGACAGGCCUUCUCCAUCCUCUUGGCCGAGAUGGAAUUAAAGGCCUUGCCCAGCACAUCCAAUAUUUUCUGAAUAAUCCAUCAGUGAGGAAGAAGAUGGGUAGCAAGGGAAGUUUAAAGGUGCAAGCUACGUACUUAAAGCAACACAUGUAUGAAAAAAUGGCGAAAGUUCUAAGACAGUGCAUGAAGAUCAAAUAAAACAAUCAUAUCCUCACCAUAUUCACAAAGUUGCUCAUCAAAUGCAUGCAAAAUUACUGAAGAUUUCACAUUCUUGGGUUGGAAAUAAGAUCACAUAUCAGUCCACCUAUGAAUUCUUGUGACGCAUUCAUCAAAUGUUGUUCAACAAGCGAACUCUUUGUGCAACCAGGUAUUUCAAGAAACGCGACCCUAAGAUCAAUAUAGUUCUAGCUUUUCAUCCCCUUUUGAAUUUUUAUUUGAAUUUCAAAUGUUUGAUCAAGUGGAUGAAGGUCAAGGUGUUAAAAAAUCCUACAUUGAUGUCAACAGUCAUGUUAUGGUAUGUGAGAAUUUUCAGGGUGAUAA